AUGGCGCCAUCCGAUGACCUAAAGUCGCAUGCUGCGUCCUCUCAUGACUUCUAUGGCCUAUUGGGCCUCGGCCCUACCGCGGUUGACAGUGAGAUCAGACGAGCAUACCGAAGGACAGCUCUCAAAUACCAUCCUGAUAAGAUCGCAAAUCCUACGCCGGCAGAUAUCGACAAAUUUCAUCUCCUCCAAAUCGCAUAUGAUGUUUUAUCUGAACCUUCGGUACGUCAGCUAUAUGACAAUGCAAGGGAGGCCCGAGAACGAAAGAAACGGGAGAAUGAGUUACUUGAAGGAGCCCGGAGGAAGAUGAAGGAAGAUCUGGAGGCAAGAGAACGAGGGGUUAAACGGCCCUGGGGAUUUGCUGGGCCCGGUGGAGAACGUGACGAUUUACAGGCAGCAGAGGAUAAACUGGAGCAGGAAAUAAGACGACUUGCAGAAGAUGGGAAGAGAAGGCGACGGGAAAAGGAGGAACUCAUGCGGAGUCAAGUCUUAGAAGAGGAGGAGAGAUUAGAAAGAGAAGCGGAGGAGCUGGAGGCUAAAAAGCAAGGAAAAUCAAAGAACAGUGCACCUCCUGCCAAUAUAGGCGGAACAGCCGUGCCAGAGAUAGAUCGAACUGUAAAAGUUCGAUGGAUAAGGGAGGGAGUUGGCCUUGAUGUGGAUAAGGACCAGCUAGAGUCGUUAUUUUCGACGUUUGGCAAAGUGGAAAGUACCUUCACUUUAAAGGAUAAGCGGCAGCGGGUGGGUGAUCAGCGAGAGAAGAAAACUGUUGCUACUGGCGUUGUAGUUUUUACUUCUGUAGUUGGUGCCCAUGCAGCUGUUGAAGAUCGAUCUAAACACCAAGGUGGUGCAUGGGAUGUUAUCGAGUCCGUCGCUUGGGCGUCGAACAAACAGCCGGAUUGGGAUGCCUACAGGACCUCUUCCCCUGGGCCCGCAGAGUUGCACAGCAAGGCAGAAGAGCCAACUGCUGCAGCUGCUUCUGAACCUGAUAAAUCGCAGCCACAAUCGGCCAACCGGCCAAAGCGAUUCACCAUGGCCGACUUAAACCCACAGAGGGAGAAAUCGGAAGAUAUCAAAAAAGGUGGCAAGGCUCCUUCAUUUGGAUCCUUCUCAUCCGCUGGUUCUGGCGCUAGCCUUGGAGUGAGUGGCCCAAGUUUAGAGGAGAUCACAUUGAUUCGGCUAAAAAAUGCUGAAAGGAAGAGGCUUGAAGAACAAAUCCGGAAAGAGGAUGAAGCUGCCGCCCUCGGAAAUGCUAAUUCUGCGCAGUGA